GAGGUUUUCUUUCUCCAACAUUUAUCAAAAAGGAAUCAGCCGAUGGCUCAUUACCGUUAGAACAGAACUUGAAAUACUCUUAGCAGUUUUUGUAGGAUAAUAUAUUAAACAAGUCACAGAUCUAAUCCGUUCCAAUAUGACACAGUCCCGUCAAAUUCAAUUUUUAUCGCAUUAAUAAAAAUCAAACUUAUACAACGUACCGCUUGUUCUCUCGUUUCAGCCAACGGAGAUAAUCAUCAUCCCUUUCUUCUGCUUCGUCAAUGAGCUUUCCAGAUCGUAUAACUGAAGCUAUGAAAAAAGGUCAAAUUUCUACGGGAGAAGCUAAUACGUAACGAAUACGUCGUCGGUGUUACAUAAAAAAAAAUAUCCAGCAUCCAUCCGGCUGGCUCAUCAAUCUUUUAGCGACAUUGGAUAUCGCAUGUGUUGUGUUGGUAUCUAGUGUUUCCUGGCCGCCCAAGGUUAGUAGUAGUAGUCGACAAGUGGAUUUCGUUGGCACAGUGUAUCUCAUCCGUGAAAGCAGGCAGCGUCCGCUGUGAUCGACUCGGAGCAUAAAGGAAAAAUGUUAACUUGAUGUGAUAAUUUAUGGCUACUUGCUGUGAUAGGCAUAAGUGAUUUGUAGUGGUGUAUUAUAUAGUAGUGGUACUUCUUUUUUGUGUGUGAUUGAUUCGAACGGAAGCGAAUCACAGAAUGAGUGAAACGGUGGAGCUGGAGCGAUUGAUCAACUGCACACAAGCCACGCUUCAGCGCUAUCCGUGGUCUUCCGAGUUCAAUCAGACCGUGAUUGGACAGCUCAACCGAACGGAGAUUCUGGAUGUUCUGGGCGAGAUGGUAACGCGGGGAAGGGGCCACUCGUCCGCUAGCGGCGAAUCGCUGACGUUGAGAGAAUUCAUUACCGAGUGUUUGUUUCCGACAACCAAAAGCCCCUACGAGCUGCCCUGGCAACAGAAGAUGGCCUGGGGUGUGGUGUUCGGAGCGAUGCUGCUGGUGGCCAUCACCGGGAACUGUAUCGUGCUGUGGAUCGUUUUGGCCCACCGCCGGAUGCGAACCGUGACGAACUACUUCCUGCUGAAUCUGAGUGUCGCCGAUCUGCUCAUGUCAUCACUCAACUGCUCGUUCAAUUUCAUCUUCAUGCUCAACUCGGACUGGCCGUUCGGGGCGGUCUACUGUACCAUCAACAACUUUAUGGCCAACAUGUCAGUGGCAUCGUCCGUGUUCACCCUGGUCGCCAUCUCGCUGGAUCGAUACAUUGCAAUUGUGCAUCCCUUGCGGCAUCGGACUUCCCGGAAGAAGGCUCGCCUGUUCCUGCUCAUCAUCUGGGCCCUGAGUUGUGUGCUGGCCACUCCCUGUCUGAUGUACUCGACUGUGAUGACGAAACGUUACAAUAAUGGCAACACCAGAACCGUAUGCUACAUGCUGUGGCCAGAUGGACGGUAUCCGACUUCUAUGGCAGAUUACAUCUACAACCUGGUGUUCCUGGUGCUGACCUACGGCAUCCCAAUGCUGAUCAUGAUCGUGUGCUACUCGCUGAUGGGUCGAGAACUGUGGGGCAGCCGUUCGAUAGGAGAACACACCGAACGGCAGCUGGAAUCGAUGAAAUCCAAGAAAAAGGUGGUUCGUAUGUUCAUCAUCGUGGUUACCAUUUUCGCCAUCUGUUGGUUGCCGUAUCACCUGUUUUUCGUGUACGCCUAUCACAACAACCAGAUGACGUCUUCCAGCUACGUACAGCAGCUUUAUUUGGGCUUCUACUGGCUGGCGAUGUCGAACGCGAUGGUCAAUCCCAUCAUCUACUACUGGAUGAACAGCAGAUUCCGAGUGUACUUUCAGGAAAUCAUCUGCUUCUGCUGUCUGCAGUUCAUCAACAGCCGCAUCAAGACCGUCGGCCCUCAGGGAGUGCUGCUCAACAAAAACUCCAACAACUCGGAACUUGGUCGAUGCCGGUCCUAUCGGCAUCGGUCGUUUUCGGUCCGAUGGCGGCCUCAGUACCACAGCGCCGAAGAGUUCCGGAUGCGGGUUGGUGCCGAUCCGACGCAACUGCGGAACCACCAUCUUCAUCCGCACCACAAUCAUCAUCAUCUGGGAACCGGAGGAGGUGCCGGUGCGGGCUGCCGCUCGGUACUAAGUGUGGUCAACGUGCUGGAUAAUGGCAAUAAAAGCCAGCAGCAGCAACAGCAGCAGUUCGAUCCGACGGCAGCACCCGGAAUGGUAGCCGACAUUACCGAGCUGCAGGCACUGAACUUCAUACCUCGCUUAUCGUCGAGCUGUUCGCAGGAUCUGGCCUCCCAGGCCGGUAGCUGCAGCAACAGCCGACUACGGGGGGAGCACUCAUCCAGCAGUCAGGCCAGCCACGAGUACUCCUGACAUCCACAGUACGACUAGGCAGAGGGCGGACCAUGAGAGUCAGCCGAACCAUGGGGUGGUAAUUCGAUGGGUGCUCUAGGAUAAGGAUUCAGUAGAUAAUUUAGAACACAUUCCGUUGGUUGUGCAUAGUUUCAAGUCAACUGUCAAGGCGAACAAAACAAACAAAAAUAAAAACUAAAUCGUUUGUCUGUUUAUUACUCAGAUGAAUUGUUUUCCGAGUUUGUUCGGUGGAUAGACAAGUCAUAAAAUUGCUGAUAGCUUUCCGGAAUUUACAUACUUUCGAUUGAAUAAGGCACCUAGUCCUGGAUUUGCUACCAAAUGCUAUUUAAUUCAUAUUUUAAUUAUAAUUUCAACUAGACUUAAUUUCUCUAACAGCAAUUUUCAUCAAUGUCCAAUCAGUACGGAAAUUUUAACCACGAAUAGUUAGGAAAAUGAGAAGAAAUGUGGUUCUAAUAUGUGAUGUAAACUCGUUCUUCUAAGCACAGUACAAAUAUGGAUAAUGCAGCAGCAGCAGCUUUCGUUGAACGAAAGAGAAAUGCUUUCUUCGAGUGCUGGAGCAAAGGGUGGCGCCACCGUCGAAUAGUUUCCGGUGGUAAAUUGAAAUAUUUGAUCAAUUUGUUCUGAAACCGAGUUAAUUAAUUUUAAUACUCGAACUUGCUCAUACUCUCAUUACUUUAGCCUCGAUUACGUACGAAUUUCCCUCCUAGAAUAAUUAAAAUCGGAUAUAGUGCAUGUACUGCAACGAACUUAAACAGGAUCCAUGGAAGUCCCGUUCCGAGUUGUGUACAAUGGAGAUAAUGUAGCCGAGUCAAGACUAGGCAGCAGAUGUAGCUUGUUGAAUUAGCACAUGAAAAAACGAAACUUUUUUCUUAUAGAAGCUAAGUGAAAAGAUAUGUCAAAAAGAAAAUAUGUUCCUUU